AUCGGAUUGUUGGCAGCCAUUACCUAGAAUGACUCAGCAAACCAACUGAAAAUCAUUUAAUUAGGCUUCUCUCGUUGUAUCCCCAACUGCGUGGAGCUAAUGGUGUGAUUGUCAGUUUGAUUUCAAGCUCCAUUUUUUAAGUGUAUACGCUUUAUUCCUCUUUCAGAAGCCGCCAGUUACCAAGGGUUAUAAUGACUGACAUUACCGACGUUACACCUGUUGUGAACGGCCAGCCUCAUGGAAAAGACCAGCAGGGAGGAGGAGGAGAAGGUCGUGGAGGUUCAGAGGGGGAUACAGGAGGUGGUUUGACUGAUGCCCAGAGAGAGUUGUUGGAGAGAUGUCUUCAUUCACUCAGACAUGCUAAAAAUGACAGUCACACAUUGGCUGCUCUUCUGCUGAUAACUCGCUUGUGUCCAGCAAACCAGCUAGACAAACCCACCUUAAGACGCAUCUUCGAGGCCGUGGGCCUGAACCUUCCGGCUCGACUUUUGGUGACUGCAGUCAGAGGGAAGGACGACUCCAGCUUACCCCCACACGAACUCCUUUCACUUGGCACGGCUCUGUUGGCUGCCUUGAGCACAGACCCUGACAUGGCUUCCCAUCCCCAGCUCCUCACCACCAUCCCGCUCCUACUUGGCAUUUUAGCAAAUGGUCCUGUGAGCCAGCAGAAACAGGCAACCCAGGAGCAGGACCAAGUUGGAAGAAUUAGGCAGAAUCCAGAUUGUAAGGUCCAAUCAGCAGAGAGUUUAAACCCAGAAAGCGAUUCGGCCAGUGUGGUAAAAUCAGCAGGAGAGGGCAACACCAGCAAGCAAAGGGGUGAUGAUGGAAGUGAAGCAAACAAAGAGUCAACAUCUCAAGAAAGCCUCCCCUCCUCCAAGCUCGACAAGGCCAUGGCUGCUGACUGCUACCAGGUUCUCACAGCUGUGUGUGCCUUACCCAGAGGUCCUGACCAGCUGCUGAGCAGGGGUGCCAUACCUGCUCUGUGCCAGGCAUUGGAACAAAGCCAGACUUUGAGCCAUGAGAAGGGGCUUGCCUUGCUUGGUUGCCUCCUCUCAGGUAAAACCAAGAACAAAGCGUGGAGUAAACACCCUGCAGAGCUCCUCAAUCUGCUGGUCAGGCUCUCCAAAGACUUCUGCCAAGCCAGAGACCAGACCAGGCUGGACAUGUGUGCCCAGUUGGUGCAGUUUCUUCCCCCAGUGGGAGUGUCAGUAGAGAAUGAGGAGCUGAAGGGAGUUGUGGCCCGAGUAUGGGGUGCACUUAGACCAAUGCUGCAAGCCAAGGUGACUCCAAGGCAAAUUGGGUCGAUCCUGGUGCUCAGUGCUUGUCUGCUCGAUUUGUAUGGAUGGGAGCUGGUGGGACCGCCAAAGUUCUGCUGCUUACUGGUGAACCGGGCCUGUGUGGAGGUCAGGAUGGGUUUGGAGGAACCGCCUGGUAACGAACUGAGUCCAGAGCUGCAGCACACUGUCACAGGCUGCUACCGAAUCAUGGAGGCUGCCAUAGAGCAGGCCUGCUGUUCGGGAGAGUCCCCGGCCACUGCACCUCCUCGGAGCUCCAUCUCUUCACUCAGUCUGCAGCAGAGCAGGCAGGUCCUCGGGGUGCUGGAGGAGGCCUUCUCAGCUUUAAUGUACCACCUGCAGCAGGUGGAUCCAAGUCGAUAUGGCGACCCUUUUAUCUUCGCCACAUUCCGCUCUCUGUGCUCAUGGCUGGCCGAGGAGACUUCUUGUCUGAAGGAGGAAGUGACUGGGCUCUUGCCGUUCCUGAUCGGAUACUCCCGGUGCCACUUGCAGGGUGAGAGUCCAGAGCAGGGCCUCUCUGAUUGGAUGGCUCAGAUGUCCGUCACAGAAGAGAGAGGGACGUGGACGGGCAAAGAGGCUCUGAGAUAUCUCCUCCCGGCUCUGUGCCACCUGUCAGCAGAGGAAGGUCCCAGGAAGGUGCUGCUGACCCUUGACACCCCGGCCCUGCUGGUGGACUUUCUGUCAAAGUGCUGGACUUCCCUCAAGGGGAAAAGUGUAGUGAUGUCGACCAGGGAUCCCAGCAUGGAGACAGCCUGCUCGGCCCUCCUUAACUUCGCCGUCACAGAGCCAGAGAGAGUCAGGAAGGACUCGUGUUUUCGAACGCUGGAGGCCCUUCUGAGUGAAGCGCUUCCUGUUUUGGUGCAUAAACCCCAUCUGCAGGUCCUGGCAGCAAAUUACUGCACGCUGGGUCUCAUGAUUGGCAGACUCAAAUCAGCGCCUUCAGGCUCAGUUGAAGCCAGCCAGAGGAGGUUUUUCUCAGCAGCUCUCCGGUUCCUCCGCGGCGCCCUGGACUCUGGCUGUAGCCCCGGUCCGGUUAAGGUGAGCCUCAGCUGGGAGGAGAGUUGGGAUGAGGCUGCAGAGCUCUGGAGGCUGGGUCUGCAGGCUUUGGGAGGCUGCGUUCGUGCUCAGCCCUGGAUCGCCACCCUGAUCAGAGAGGAAGGUUGGCUCAAACACACACUCACCAUGCUGUCGCAGUGCAGCGCACUACCUGACCAGGAGACACAGGGGGCGCUAGAGGAAGCUCUGUGUGCCAUGGCAGACCAAUGCCCAGUCUGCAAACUGGAGAUUGGAGACGUGAUGAGAAACGAUAAAGGAGCUUUGAGCUGUAUGAGGAACCUGAAGAAAUCAGUGGGAGCCAAGUGAAGCCAAACAGCAGCCAACAGACCAUGUGCUCUCUAAUGGAGGAUUUCUGACUUUCAGAGUUGAAAACAGCAAUAAAGGAGGGCUGGCUGCUGCAGGCAAACUUGUGUGUUUAUUGCGUGUAACCGUCUGACAUGCAUGAUGUGUCACCCGUUGACCGGGACUUUCUUGCAAAGAAAGAAUGAAAAGCCUCAGAUCCUGCUGGUCUUCUCGAAUGAGCUUGCAUUGAAAAGAGAACUGAAAAUCACGAUAUGAACACUUUUUUCAGUAGAAUACGAGUGUUUAGACAGCCGUGCUAUGAAGACACACACUGUUGGUUACAUGUCAGUUAUGUAAGGUUAAUGCCGUUAAAAAACAAUUAAAAAAAAUAAAGACCUAUUUUGUUAGAAAACCAA